AUGGAUGAGCAUGAGCCCGAUUUGAGCGAUCCGAAAAAAAUGGCACUUCAUAAACUAUACCGGCCGGAGAGGCUUACUCCACAUGAGAAAGGAUAUCAACUUCUCAACAAUCCCCGCUUAACCAAGGGCAUGGCAUUUUCGCUAUUUGAACGGCAAUACCUCGGUCUUCAUGGGCUUUUGCCCCCUGCCUUCAUGAAUCAAGAACAACAGGUGUAUCGUACAAUGAAAAGAAUACGAUCGCAACCAGACAACCUGACAAAGUUCGUAACAGUUUUCAGUUGA